GCCGAUCGUACUGUUCGGCGGAGGUUUGGAGCUGAGCGCCGGGUUGCGGCGUUUCAUCAACAUCAAAGAGAAGCUCCCGGCGGGGGGAACGAUCCGGUACGGGCUCUGCAAUCGUCCCGGACAUCAAAGGUGGAGGAAUUGCGACUGGGUAUCUCAGAUGGAAUAUCAUAUCAGGUCUACACCCCACUCAGCUCCCGAGCACCUGAAUGUCAUCGGCCUGUGAACGUGGAAGGAGAGAUGCUGGUUUGUUUCACUUCAGACCCCAGGCAGUGAGGGCUGUUGCAGGGCACCGACCGUGACACAGCUGGGGAGUGAGACACUGUCUACGGCGGGGAGGAAAGAAACCACUUUCAUGAGGAUUGCAGGGAAGCCUUGUAACUUUUUCCAGCCUGUGAAGGAGCGGGCAGUGAUCACGCCAGUGCAGACUGGGAAAGGAACACCCACUGCAACGAGAGACCGUGUGUGACACGCUGGGGGAGGUGAGCUCACCUGAUCUGUGACUGGGAACGUGUUCUCCACAUCCUUGUUUCUGCACCAGUGAAACAUUCCUUCUUUUGACUGAGAUAAACUUGAUCCAUUUCCCUGAGAACAUUCAAACCUUCUUUCCACCGGUUUCCACUUGAGGACAGUAAUUAAUUUGGUCAUCUGAUCACUAUGGUUCCAGAGAAACAUUAUCACCCUGCUUCAGGUGAAUGAAGGGACUCUCUCAAUCAUCUGACCUGAUGAGACCCCGGCAAAUUCUCACUGGGGAGAGACCGCUAGCCUGCUUUGCGUGUGGGAGAGGAUUCACUUGCUCAUCCCACUUGGUGACGUGCCAGUGAAAGGUCAUGGUCCAGCUUUCACUGUGAGAGUGACACAUCCAACAGCGGUAAAAACUUCAAGCAACACAGUGACCUGAUGGAUCAUCAGCAAACACCCACUGGGGAGAGGCCAGUCACCUGCUCCGAGUGUGGGAAGGCAUUCGCUCAGUCAUCUGACUGUCUGCUGCACCAGCGAAUUCACACCGGGGAGAGGCCGUUCACCUGCUCCGAGUGCGGGAUGGGAUUCACUCUGUCGUCUGGCCUUUUGAGGCACCAGCGAAUUCACACCGGGGAGAGGCCGUUCACCUGCUCCGAGUGCGGGAUGGGAUUCACUCUGUCGUCUGGCCUUUUGAGGCACCAGCGAAUUCACACCGGGGAGAGGCCGUUCAAAUGCUCCGAGUGCGGUAAAGGAUUCACUCAGGCAUCGAAGCUUAUGGCACACCAACGAAUUCACACUGGUGAGAGGCCGUUCAUCUGCUCCGAGUGUGGGAAGGGAUUCACUCGGUCAUCUGACCUCCUGGGGCACCAGCAAAUUCACACCGGGGAGAGGCCGUUCAAAUGCUCCGAGUGUGGGAUGGGAUUCACUCAGUCUUCUGGCCUUGUGAGGCACCAACGAAUUCACACUGGGGAGACACCGUUCAUCUGCUCCGAGUGUGGGAAGGGAUUCACUCGGUUGGCUAAGCUUCUGACGCACCAGCGAGUUCACACCGGGGAGAGGCCGUUCAUCUGCUCCGAGUGCGGGAAGGGAUUCACUCAGGCGUCUAACCUUCAGACCCACCAACGAAUUCACACUGGUGAGCAGCCGUUCAGAUGCUGUGAAUGUGGGAAGGGAUUUGCUCAGUCGUCCAGCCUACUGAUGCACCAGCAAACUCACACCUGGGAGAGACUGUUCACCUGCUCGGAGUGCGGGAAGGGAUUCACCCGGUCGUCCAAUCUGCUGGCUCACCAGCGGGUUCACACUGGGGAGAAGCCUUUCAUCUGCUCUCACUGCGGGAAGGGUUUCAGGCACGUCUUCAGCCUGCAGUGUCACCAGCGUGUCCACACCGGGGAGCGGCCGUUCAUCUGCUCCGAUUGUGGGAAGGCUUUCAAUCAUUCCUUCAGCCUGCAGAGACACCAGCGAGUCCACACAGGGGAGCGGCCGUUCACCUGCUCCGAGUGUGGGAAGGGGUUCACUCAGUCGUCCAGUCUACUGAUACACCGGCGUGUUCACACCGGGGAGCGGCCGUUCGUCUGCUCAGAAUGUGGAAUGGGAUUCGUGCAGUCCUCCAGCCUUGUGAGGCACCAACGAAUUCACACUGGGUAGAGACCAUUCACCUGCCCUGUUGAACAUCAUUCAGUCAUCUCACCUCUGUAGACAUCGAUGAACUCACUUGUCACUGGAGGGAAAUUUUAAAGGUAUGCAGGGCAUUUAAACACGGCAGCUGCUGAGACAGUGGUGAGUUCACAAGUGACUGAAGGAACUAAUUCUGCAGUUAUUGCUGCUGUUGAUCACAUCCAGGUUUGGACCCUGGUUACUGGGCACAUUUGGAUUGUUUCCCCUGGAACUGCAGGUACAUUUGUAUUCUGCAUCGAUUAUAAAUAGAUCUGUUCUGUGUGAAUGAACUGGGUUUGAGGAGGAUGUGGGGAGACAUUGAGGGAAUGUCGACAAGCUGAAGGGAUGGGCAUGAACAAGCCUGUAUCAUCACAUGGAUGAUAUCAGGACUGAAAGUUAAGUUAUAAAGAUAGACUGAAUAGAACAUAGAACACUAUCAGUCCUUUGGUGCACGAUGUUGUGCCAACCUUUUAAUCUACUCUUAAAAGCAAUCUAAUCCUUCUCUCCUUUUGUAGCCCUUUCUUUUUCUACCAUCCACGUGUGUAUCUGGGAGUUUCUUCAAUGCACCUAAUAUUUCUCCUCCUACCACCCCUCACCACUCUUUCUGUUUAUAACACAUUCCCUCUGCUGGAUUCUUUCCCAUGGAACAUAGUAGGAUUAUAAACUCAGGAAGGUGUUGACUAUUCAUCAACGGAACUAGGUUAGGAAACUCACUAUGCAACUCUCAAUAAAUCAAAUGCACUUGAUUGUCUCAGCACAAACAACGUAAUUAUGUUGACCCCAGGCUAACAACUUAAAACACAAAUUCUACUGUUCCCUCUGUAAGAAUACCUACUCAGACCAUUUCCCCAAUUUAUACCACUGAAAUAGGGGAUCUCUAUUGGCCAGAUAAUUGAUCCUUCUUCCUUGAGCUGCUGGCAUGGGGGUUCCUUGUCAUGAUGAAUCUGUGAAGUUAGCUAUUUAACAUUCAAAUCCUCUGUUUUUAUAUUCAUUCCUUACCAAUUCAAAUUUCAGUGUUAUUGGCUACCGGUCAUCUUGACUGACCUAACACACCUUGAUGGAUCCAAGCCAGCAUCCAUUUAUUGCUCUCUUCUGCAAGCGACAACUGGUAAUUUAUGCCUCUUUGUUUCAAAUCAGCUACCAAACCAGCAGCCAGCCCAAAUCACUCAGCCCAGACACAGCCCCCACCAUUCACAAACCUGUACGUUAUACCUAACCAAAGAACACCUCACAAAUAACUUCUUAUUUGGAAAAUUAUCUCUAGUCCUGCAGAUUACUUGGAUCAUUAUUGUGUCUAGUUUAAAACAUUGAUCAAGCCAAGCAACUCCAGUUCACAAAAUGGAGGAUGCAGAGCAGCUUCACAAAAUUGCAGCUCCAUUCCUUCCACCUCAUGACAAGAACAAAGUCAUUUGGUUUAUCUGUUUCCACUGUCCUUGACCCAUUCAAGUUUGAUGUUUUCUUCCUUAUUUUAACUCCUCCAUGGCCAACAUCUUUCUCCUUCUGAUCCACAGAAAAUUUUGGGAUUACACUACUGAUUCUAUGAGUGAAUACGGUACAAAAGGAGCACCAGCAUUCAUGACUAUGUCAAAUAAGACUGAUAAAGAUGCUUACAGAUUAUCAGACUAUAAAACAUAGAUACAAAAGUCUUAUCAAAACACUAGACAAUUAAAAAUAUUAUCAGUACAACAGCAUAUAAAAGAAACAUGAUAAAAUAUACCUGAAUUCAUACCAUAUAUCAAAGCAAUUAACAAAAUAUAAUGAGGUACCAUUACAUCAUACUGAAAGACAACAUCAUGGUAUAAAGCAACAUGCAUCAAAGUUGCUGGUGAACGCAGCAGGCCAGGCAGCAUCUCUAGGAAGAGGUACAGUCGACGUUUCAGGCCGAGACCCUUCCUCAGGACUAACUGAAAGAAGAGCUAGUAAGAGAUUAAGAGAUUUGAA